UUAAAUAAAGAAGUUUAUAACAAAAAAAUAUAAAUAGGGAAAAUGAGCAACUUUGAAGAAUUUAUUGGUCUCAAGGAUUUCGAUAUUGAGAUUUGGCGCAUGUUAAUUGCUGAGUUCCUCGGUACAUUUUUCUACGUGUUCGUUGGGGUCAUUAGCACAGUCUCAUUAUCGCAAAAUCUGAUGACCUCCGUAGUGCCGGUUGCCUUCGCAUUUGGACUGGCAUUAUCAAGUAUAUCGCAUGUGGUGAAUAGGGCUAGCGGGGCGCACCUGAAUCCUGCUGUUAGCAUAGCUCGCCUGGUCGUUGGACAAAUGAAAUUUCUCAAAUGUUUAUGCUACAUACUAGUGCAAUGCGUCGGUUCGUGUUUAGCGGCAUUUUUGGUGGAAAGUAUUUGUCCCGGACCUUCGCUCGCACGGCAGAACGGUGUAACCAGACCACUAUACAUGGGUGUUUGGGAAGCGUUGCUUCUUGAAAUGUUCAUUACAUUUAUUAUGGUUAUGGUGUACAAAUCCAUGGCUGAUCCUACGCGUGAUGAUUUACAUUUAUCUGGACCAUUAGUUGUGGGACUUUCAAUCACAGCGGGGCAUCUUGUGGGCUACUUGUGUUCAUCGGCAAGCAUGAAUCCAGCACGUUCUUUCGGGCCGGCACUUGUAAAUCUCAACUUUAACGAUCACUGGAUCUAUUGGGUCGGGCCGAUUUUGGGUGGUGUCAUGGCUUCAGUUUCUUAUCAUUUUGGUGUGCAGGAUCGUGAAGCGCUUAAGCGGAGGCGCUCUAGAAGAAAUAGUUCCAGACGAAAGAGUUCUUUUGAACUUACAAUGGCUCAACAAUAUGUUGACGAGGAAGAACUGAAGCGAGCAGUAGAUACCACUUCCAGUGGCGCUUCAAUGGAACAAAUUUCUCUCGGAUUAGGCUUGGUGUUUGCCGCUGUGGCCCAGGCGUUGGGCCGUCGCAGUGUUUGUCACUUCAAUCCCGCUGUAACUUUGGGAUACUGCGUUGUCGGUGAACUGAGCUUAAUUAUGAGCUUAUUGUUCAUGGUUGUGCAAUGCCUAGCUUCUGCUCUUGGAGUCUGUAUGGCGCUAGUUCUACUACCGGAAAAAUUGGCAAAUAAACACCUAGGUGUACCAAAGCAUCCGCAUGUAUCGGUGUUGGGCACGAUUGUUAUUGAAAUGCUGUUGACCUUUAUAUGGGCCUUUCUGGCACGCAGUGCAGAAAGUCACAAAAUGAUGGGCUUACGAGAUACGGCACCACUAGCCGUUGGUGCCACAAUAAUAGCGGCUUAUUUAGCUGCUUAUCGGUUGACCGGCGGCAGCAUGAAUCCAGCGCGCUCUUUUGGGCCAGCUCUGGUGUACAUGGAUUGGAAAGAUCAUUGGAUUUAUUGGUUGGCUCCAUUUGCCGGUGGUUGUCAGUUCCGCCUAUUCUCAAACUACGUAAGCAUGUUUCCAGCUUUAGGUACGAACGAAUUGAAAAGCUAUUUAUUUCGGCGUCAACUUCUUUGUGAAUUCUUCGGCACAUUUGUGCUGAUGCUGGUACGGAAGACGGUUAGUACGGUGGAAGAAACACAAUGGGCCGUAACGAAAAUUUCAUUCGCUCACGGCCUGACUGUUGCUGCCUUGACCAAACUAUUCGGUCGCAUAAGCGGCUGCCAUAUCAACCCUGCGGUUUCGAUCGCUUUUUUCGUAGUCGGUGAAAUGAGCACGUUACGUCUAUUCUUCUAUAUUGUCAUGCAAUUUCUGGGCUCAAUUUCGGCAGUAUUUACGUACACAUUGUAUGCUUUCGCCAAUUCGAAUGCAAUUCAAGAGCCCAGUGCAUUGGAAGACUGGCAAAUAAUAUUACUGGAACUCAUACUCACAACCAUGUUCGUAAUGCUGUUUCGUACAAUGGCAGACGCACAACACCGCAGUCAACGGAGUUCCGCUUCUAUGGCCAUAGGGUUCGCUUACACCGCAUGUCUCUUGAGUGGCACCUCUAUAUCGGAGGUGGCCCUGAACCCGUUACUGCAUUUCGCUUCUGGACCGAAUAUAUUUGCUGGCAAUUUUACACCGGCCAUUGGAUCAACUAUGGGUGGCAUUUUUGGAGCGCUGACCUAUGAGGCCUUAUACAUGCCGUAUAAACGAGAACCGCGUACCUCGAGCCUUUUCGAAUGGCUACGCGGUACUCCAUCAGCCGAAGGCAAAUCAAAUCAAUCUCGUUUGUAG